AACAAGUGAGUGUACAAAACUGGCAACCCUUUUCCCUGAUUCACACACAGACAGGCAGACAUGGAUUUCAAGAUGGAGCUCUUGUUGUUGCUUGUUCUGAUGACAUCGUGUGCUGCAGUUCAAGAUCUUUCAGGUCAGAUGUUCACCUUCCCUAAGCAAACCAAGAGCUCUUAUAUUCGGCCGACGACAUCUGUUCGUGACUUAAGUGCUAUAACCGUCUGUCACAGGACCUUUACAGACCUGAAGAGAGACCACUCCCUUUUCUCUAUGUCCACACCUUCAAAUAUCAAUGCCUUCUUGAUUUUUUGGGAUUCAGCAAAUAAGGAGAUGGAGGCCCACGUCAAGGAUACAAAAGCCGAAUACCUGGGGCUGGACUACAAGCCGAACAUGUGGCACUCUAUUUGUACCACAUGGGACUCUGCCACUGGACUGACACAGAUGUGGUUUGAUGGAGUGCCUACCAUCAGGAAAUUCACCAGCACUGGAUCAAGCAUCUCAGGAUCCAUUAUAAUUGUUUUAGGACAGGAGCAGGAUGACCAUGGUGGGAGUUUCGACAUUAAUCAGAGCCUGGUUGGAAUGAUGUCUGAUGUCCACAUUUGGAACUAUGUCCUGUCUUCCUGUGAGAUUCAUAAAUACAUGGACAAAUUGAACUACACCCCAGGAAAUGUGAUCAACUGGAGGGCAAUGGAGUUUCAGACUUUUGACAAAGUUGUGGUUGAAAAAGAGGAAAUGACCUGUAUCUAAACUUUAAAAAAUAGAAGAAAGUGAGAGAAUCAUAUUUCCAACACUUUUAUAUUCAGUGUGAAGUAUAAACAGAGAGUCUUAAAAAGGCAACAAACUGGAAAAAAUAAUGCUUGGGUGCUUUUGCAGGAAACAAUAGUCAGAUCGGUAUGCACUUAUAGAGAAGCCUGAUGAGAACAAAUCUGUUCACGUAGGUGUGGAGGUAAAAUACUUUUUGAAAGGCUGGCAUGCUUUUAUUUUGCAAAAUCAAGUUCAACUUGUAGCUCAAUGCAAAAAAAACCUGUGUACUUUAAGCUUUGAUUGCUUUUCUCUUCAUUAAUAAUGUUGUUUUCAAAUAAAUAUACAAGUUCUGGACUGGUAUUUAGCAUGUAAAGUUAAAUAAUCAAGAUCCUGCAAAUUAAAAUCAUGUAUUCUAUAAUUUGAUCUCACAUGUAAACGGAAUCAUUUUACUUUGUAUAAAUUGUGUAAAGUGGAAUAUUUCCUCUGUUUGAGUCUCUUUUUUUGUUUGCUCUGCUGAAAAAUGUUUUAUUUUACUUUUGUACCAGUUAAUAAAUAUCCUGUUAAAUAAGGUAGCCAUAAUUAGUGCAGUUAUCAAUAACAAGUGUUGUUAUCCAUGCCAGUAAUUAUACAAUUACAAUUUCAACCAGCAAUUUAAUUUAAAAUGUACCCAGAAAGCAGUGGUGUAGAGUAACACAGGUCAAAACCUUAACUACGAUGCUUAAACGCCAAUUUAAAGUUCUUGUACUUGACUAUUUUGUAUUUUUUGCUGUUACAUAUAAAACCAUGAAACUAAUCAAAGAGAAAUAUUUCACUUUUACUCCAUCACAGUAUUUUGAUGGUAGCACUUCAAAAUGUGGUAAGUGAAAUCAUGGAUUAAAGAUCAAACAAAUGAUGGAGGACCAUACUGAUCAUUGACAGCAAUUUAAUGAUUUGCUCCUUAUCACAUUCCAUGGAAUAUAUAAUAAAAAGUCAAUAUUGAUUGAUAAGCUA